GCGCAGUCUCUCUUCUAGAGGCGGGACAAACCAACACGUUGAACCAAUCGGAUUCUUAGAACGGAUAUGAGCGUCGAGUGACGUUGCUGUAGGUUUGGUUGCGCCGAGCUAGCAAGUGGAGAAGACUGUUAGCAUUUUGGACUCGUUUCAGAAGGAAUCUUCCCUUGUAACCGAGCUGGACGAUGGGUAAGAAGAGUCGAGUGAAGACUCAGAAAUCAGGGACGGCCGGGACGACCGUGGUGUCCCCCAAAGAGAUGAUGAAUCUGAUCUCCGAGCUCCUACAGAAAUGCAGCGGUAUGGCUCCGUCUCCGGGAAAGGAGUGGGAGGAGUACGUCCAGAUCCGCGCUCUGGUGGAGAAAAUCCGCAAGAAACAGAAAGGAGUGUCCGUGGUGUUUGAGGGCACUAGAGAGGAUUACUUCCCUGAGCUCAUGGCCUGGGCUGCGGAAUGUGGCGCAUCCUGCGAGGGCUUUGAGAUCUCCAGCUUUGGAGAGGAAGGAUAUGGCCUCAGAGCCACCAAAGACAUCAAGGCCGAAGAGCUGUUUCUCUGGAUUCCCAGAAAGAUGCUGAUGACUGUUGAAUCUGCUAAAAACUCCAUCCUUGGUCUGUUGUACAGUCAGGACCGGAUCCUGCAGGCUAUGGGCAACGUUACUCUGGCUCUGCACCUACUGUGUGAAAGGGCGACCCCGGAGUCCCCCUGGCUGCCCUACAUCAAAACCCUGCCUACUCACUACGACACACCUUUGUAUUUUGACGAGGAGGAAGUGCGCCAUCUGCUGGCUACGCUGGCUGUUCAGGACGUGCUGAGCCAGUACAAGAACACGGCACGUCAGUAUGCCUACUUCUACAAAGUCAUCCACACUCAUCCCAACGCCAGCAAACUGCCCCUGAAGGAUGCGUUCACCUUUGAUGACUACAGGUGGGCCGUGUCGUCCGUGAUGACCCGUCAGAACCAGAUCCCUACAGAGGACGGUAGUCGGGUCACGCUGGCUCUCAUCCCGCUCUGGGACAUGUGUAAUCACACCAACGGCCUGAUUACGACUGGUUAUAAUCUGGAAGAUGACCGAUGCGAGUGCGUCGCUCUGCGCGACUAUAAAGAGGGCGAGCAGAUCUACAUAUUCUACGGUACAAGGUCGAACGCAGAGUUCGUCAUCCACAACGGUUUCUUCUUCGAGGACAACGCACACGACCGGGUGAAAAUCAAACUGGGAGUCAGUAAGAGCGAGAGGUUGUACGCCAUGAAGGCCGAGGUGCUGGCGCGUGCUGGGAUCCCGGCGUCGAGCGUUUUCGCCCUGCACUGCAGCGAGCCGCCCAUUUCGGCCCAACUCCUGGCCUUCCUGCGCGUCUUCUGCAUGACGGAAGAGGAGCUCAGGGAUUACCUGGUGGGUGACCACGCCAUGAACAAGAUCUUCACGUUAGGGAACGCAGAGUUUCCUGUCAGCUGGGAGAACGAGAUCAAGCUAUGGACCUUUCUGGAGACAAGAGCCACGCUGCUCCUCAAGACAUACAAAACCACUUCAGAGGAGGACAGGUCCAUGCUGCAGAAAUCAGACCUCUCUCCACACUCGCAUAUGGCCGUAAAGCUGCGUCUGGCCGAGAAAGAAAUCCUGGAGCGUGCCGAGGCCUGCGGCCGUGCCAAGCGCUUGCACUUCCGGAAGAAGCUGGACGACGGCGCUCCUCUGCCCGUGUACGAAGAGAGCGACAUCGCACUUCUGGAGAAUACCGACGCCAAGCUUCCCAUCGUCUUGCGCCAACUAGAGGAGGAAGAAGAGGACGAAGAGCUGAAGAUGCCGCUUCUUAACGGGGCGAGAAAGGAGAAGACCGGAGGAGAGACGGCAGAGUCGAGCUCGCAAAGAACUGAGAAGACGUCCAAAGAUUGGGAAUAGCGUCUUUCGGCUCGACUGCGGAUUUCUGCUCUUUUAUUUAUUUUCUGUUUUACUUGACUGACGAAUAGAAGUGAAAGCAAUCGAAACUAAAACUGCAGUCUGUUACUUACAACUUUUUUUUUUUUUUUUAAUAUAGAUGAGAAGAUUUCACAUGAUGUUCUGCUGUUCCUUUCCACCUUUAGAGUUUUAACAGUGGCACACAUUUUGUUGUUGUUUAUUUGAAGCAGGUGGCUCAAAGACUGAGAAACGUAUGCGACAGAACGUCAUCUUACCUGAUGUUCGGGGUUCAGCGUGACUACAUCAGACGGUGGCGUUGCUCCUAAAGGAGAUUUCCCAUUACCUAAAGAGUAGCAUGUUUAGUGCUUGGAACAGAGACUAGCUUACAACAACACUAUGUUUAAAGAGGCAGUUACUAAAGUUUACCGCUAAACACAAGGCGAAACAACAAAACUCAAUACAAACAGGAUCACAUAUAAUAUCAGUAGGUUAAAACAGUAAUGUUACAAAAUAAAUCUAUUCAUGUGUUAACUUGUCAAUUACCAGGUUAAACCUAGUUAAAUAUAAACAUUAUGGGUAAAAAAAUUAAACCUGUCUGGUUUUGCAUGUUUCUCGGCUACACGUUCUUCGGUUAACGGUUAAAGCGUAUCGUAUUUUUGUUAACAUGCUAGCUAUUUUACAGAUCACGUUUAAAACGAAUCCUAACAUCUUUGCCGAGCCGAUAGCUAUGUCCAGUACGGGCAAAAAACGUGUUCGUUUUUAUUCACAAAACUCUUACUUUAAAAGAAAGACACGACGCUUGUUCUGUUAAUGCGUUUGCUAGACAAUCAUUUUUUUUUCUUCAAUUUUUUGCUCCUGUAUUAAUUAUAUUACCUGAAACGUCCUGGUCUUUUCAGUAGGACUUUAUAUAAAAAAACUUUUAAAAAGGGAAAAAGAAGAAGCUGAGAAUGUUUGUUUUUGUUUUGAUUGCACUUCAGAACGGUCAGUAUAUUUUUUGGAAAGUGGAAUGUUUUUGUUUGCCAUACUGUGAUCGAACCUUACGAAUGUUAAGACGCUAGCGAUUAUUUUACGAUUACAGACAAACAGUCUUACUACGAAUGUAUAGAUGAGAACGGGACGAGCGUAGAGUGUACGAGGCUUCUUCCAUGAUAAGGUUGUUAACCGUUUGUUAUCUGUGUCGGAUUUCUGCGCUCAACGCUUACAAGUUCCAAAUAUUGUUGUUGUUUUUUUCAUUCGUUUAAAACGCCGCUCUGUACGACGCGACUUUAAAACACGGAUCUAACAAAAGAAAUGAAACCGUACGAUACUCGACUCAGUCAUACUAAUUUUCUACAUUAGAGUUCAAAAGAAAACGUUCCAGCUGGAGCCCGAGGAAUAUCGAUGGAUCACAAAUUCCAGAUGUUUGGAACGUUAAAAACUGUUUGAAAGUUGAAGAAAGAGAUGGUAAGCUUUAAACAAUAAAAAGACUCACCGAA